UCUAGUCGGCCCGUAGACAUUGACGCACCUUACUUUAGUAAACAUCUUACAUGUGCUGCAGAUAUUUAGCGAAUGUAGUUCAGUUUGUUUAUAAUUGUGUGUGUGCACCAAGAAAGAGCGUCAUGAGUUUUUUACUCCCUAAACUGUCGUGUAAGAAAGACAUUGAUGACGUCAUUAAGACAGUCGCUGAGAAAGUUCUAGUGCUUCGAUUCGGCAGAGAUGAAGAUUCAGUGUGUCUACAGCUCGAUGACAUUCUGUCGAAGACCGCUCAUGAUCUCAGUAACAUGGCGAGUAUUUAUCUGGUGGAUGUGGAUUCAACACCAAUUUACACACAAUACUUUGACAUCAGUUUCAUUCCAUCAACAGUGUUCUUCUUCAACGGACAACACAUGAAAGUUGAUUAUGGAUCUCCAGAUCAUACCAAGUUUGUGGGAACUUUCAAAACCAAACAGGACUUUAUGGAUCUGAUUGAGGUGAUCUAUCGCGGUGCCAUGAGAGGAAAGCUGAUCGUUCAAAGCCCAAUCGACCCGAGGAACAUUCCCAAAUAUGAUCUGUUGUACCAUGGCAUCUAGGAAAUGAUGAUUAAGUUCCUAAAAUUUGGCAUGUGUUAUCAGAUUGUUCUGGUGCCUAUGUGUAUCAAGUUUUGUGAAAUUAGAGCGUUGCACUGUCAAGAUACACGCCAGUUAGUCCUAGCAAUAAAUCUAAACCCAACUCUA